AUGGCCUCUAGUCUGCAGAAUUUCAUCCAUUCCUUGGAUCCACAAUCCCUCCCUAGGAUUCUGCAAAUCCAGUCUGGUUAUUAUGAUGAAGGUUCAAUUUAUGAGAAGUUUGGCCAUGAAAGCUGUUUGUCAACAGGAGAUGUGAUUAAAAUUGUUGAACUGAAAGUUAAAAAACUCAUUGUGAGGAAAAGUGAAUUUGAAGAUGAGAACCUGUGUUCUCCUACUGCUGUUGAGCUACCUCUAAAUUUUCCAGGACUUUGCAGGAUAGUUGCUGAUAAAAUUCCCUACGUUAACGUUGAAGAAAUUGUGAAAAAGGUUUGGAUUGGGCCAACACAACUACAACAUCCUUGCUUCUACUGUUCCGUGGAUCUAGAAGUAGAAAAUCUCAGCAUCAAACAGGGUGAGAAGAUCAUUUUCAGUUCUGUGGAAGACAACAAUGGGACAUUGACUGUCAGUUGUAGAAUAAAGAGGAAUGACCAAUUUCAUGCCUUUCUUCUGCCAAUGUCACAAAAAGGUGACUUCUAUGAAUCAGAAGAUAACCAGAUUUAUUCCCUGAAAGAGAUUGCUGAAUGGAAAAUCCCAAAGAGCAGAUGCAGACAUGUCAUAUUUACUAAUAUUUGCAAUAUUCAGAAUCAUACUGAUGAGUUUCCUUUGGAUUUUGAUGGCUGUGUUGUUCUAGCACCAAUAUAUGAAGUACAAGCAAUGAUGAAAUUUCAAAAAGAAAUUGUUUGCUUCCUUUCUGAUUUAGACGUUGAAGUCAAGGAUGUAACAGAUUGUUACAAUAUGAACACUUUUCUUCAGCCACUGUCAACAGAAGAUAUAUUAGAAAGAACAAGCAAUGAUUUUCCUAUUGUUGUUGCAAUAAUUGAAGGGCCUGGUGGAAACAGGCAACCAUAUAAUUUGUUGUGUCCUGGUAGAGAAAUAAUCAUUUACAAAAAGCAUCAGGCAGUAAGAAUCUUAGCUUCAGAGAUAAAGAGUGAUUUCCUUAAAAGACAUUUUUUAAUUCCUACCAGCUACAAAGGGAAGUUCAAAAGAAAACCCCGGGAAUUUCCAACUGCCUAUGACCUAGAAGUAGCACGGAGUAAAAAGGAGCAAAUUCAUGUUAUAGCUACCAAAGCUUUUGAGUCUCCUCAUAAAGAACAGUGUUCUGUUUCUAUUGGAGACCAGUUUUUAGUUCCACAGCUAAGUGAAAUUGAUCAAAAAAGGAAGCAAGUGGAGAAUACUCUGGCCUGUGAACAAAUUCUGUUGCAAAAUAAAACAUCCAAGAAAGUGCUUCUUCCAGUGUGCAUGGAAGGGGGCUUUGUUGAAAUUGUCCAUGAUAAGAGACAGUAUGAACUUUUGGAGAUUUGCAAAGAUUUCUGCAUGCCAUGCAACGUCAAAGUCUCCAUAAGAGAUCUUUCUAUCCAAGAGGAUGUUUUGGCUGGUAUACAAUGCCUGCAGCUUGAAGAAGAAAUCACAGAUUCUUAUUUGUUAAUCAGUAAUUUCAAUAAACCCACAGAAAUUUGGGAAGUUCCUGUGCAUCGUUUAAAUGUGUCUGUCCAGUUUCUCAGAAAAGAUGCUGAAAAUAUUGUGCUUUCCCCAGUGUAUAACAUUGUGGAAGAGAUUACAGAAGAACAGUACUGCAUGAUGAGAAGAUAUGAAAAUCAAGCCAAAAACCCACCACCCAGACCUCCUAAAGCUCAUAUAACAGAAGAACCGAAGACAUCUUUUUUCACUAGACCAGCUCAAAAUUCUUCAGGUACCCCAAGACUUGUAAAGGUUGGAAGAACUUCAGACUCAGACUCAGACGGGUCUCCGAAGUAUAAAGAAGAGGUUCUUCCCAGCCCUGCAACAUGA